AUGGGGGGGUUAGAUUAUGACAGGGGAUUAGACAUUAAGGGGCUGGGGGGGAUUAGGGGGGGGGUAGAUUUAUGUGUAUUGGGGAGGGGGGGGGGAGGUGUGGGGGGGGGGGGUGGAGGGGGGUGGGGGGGGUGGGGGGGGGGUGAUCGGGAGGGGGGGGGGGGGGGUGAGGAGGGGGGGGGGGGGGGGGGUGGGGUAGGGGGGGGGUGGGGGGGGGGAGGGGUGGGGGGGGAGGGGGGGGGGGGGGGGGGGGGGAGUUGGGGGGGGGGGGGGGGGGGGGGGGGGGUGGGGGGGGGGGGGGGGGGGGGGGGGGGGGGGGGGGGGGGGGGGGGGGGGGGGGGGGGGGGGGGGGGGGGGGGGGGGGGGGGGGGGGGGGUGGGGGGGGGGGGGGGGGGGGGGGGGGGGGGGGGGGGGGGGGGGGGGGGGGGGGGGGGGGGGGGGGGGGGGGGGGGGGGGGGGGGGGGGGGGGGGGGGGGGGGGGUGGGGGGGGGGGGGGGGGGGGGGGGGGGGGGGGGGGGGGGGGGGUGGGGGGGGGGGGGGGGGGGGGGGGGGGGGGGGGGGGGGGGGGGGGGGGGGGGGGGGGGGGGGGGGGGGGGGGGGGGGGGGGGGGGGGGGGGGGGGGGGGGGGGGUGGGGGGGGGGGGGGGGGGGGGGUGGGGGGGGGGGGGGGGGGGGGGGGGGGGGGGGGGGGGGGGGGGGGGGGGGGGGGGGGGGGGGGGGGGGGGGGGGGGGGGGGGGGGGGGGGGGGGGGGGGGGGGGGGGGGGUGGGGGGGGGGGGGGGGGGGGGGGGGGGGGGGGGGGGGGGGGGGGGGGGGGGUGGGGGGGGGGGGGGGGGGGGGGGGGGGGGGUGGGGGGGGGGGGGGGGUGGGGGGGGGGGGGGGGGGGGGGGGGGGGGGGGGGGUGGGGGGGGGGGGGGGGGGGGGGGGUGGGGGGGGGGGGGGGGGGGGGGGGGGGGGUGGGGGGGGGGGGGGGGGGGGGGGGGGGGGGGUGGGGGGGGGGGGGGGGGGGGGGGGGGGGGGGGGUGGGGGGGGGGGGGGGGGGGGGGUGGGGGGGGGGGGGGGGGGGGGGGGGGGGGGGGGGGGGGGGGGGGGGGGGGGGUGGGGGGGGGGGGGGGGGGGGGGGGGGGGGGGGGGGGGGGGGGGGGGGGGGGGGGGGGGGGGGGGGGGGGGGGGGGGGGGGGGGGGGGGGGGGGGGGGGGGGGGGGGGGGGGGGGGGGGGGGGGGGGGGGGGGGGGGGGGGGGGGGGGGGGGGGGGGGGGGGGGUGGGGGGGGGGGGGGGGGGGGGGGGGGGGGGGGGGGGGGGGGGGGGGGGGGGGGGGGGGGGGGGGGGGGGGGGGGGGGGGGGGGGGGGGGGGGGGGGGGGGGGGGGGGGGGGGGGGGGGGGGGGGGGGGGGGGGGGGGGGGGGGGGGGGGGGGGGGGGGGGGGGGGGGGGGGGGGGGGGGGGGGGGGGGGGGGGGGGGGGGGGGGGGGGGGGGGGGGGGGUGGGGGGGGGGGGGGGGGGUGGGGGGGGGGGGGGGGGGGGGGGGGGGGGGGGGGGGGGGGGGGGGGGGGGGGGGGGGGGGGGGGGGGGGUGGGGGGGGGGGGGGGGGGGGGGGGGGGGUGGGGGGGGGGGGGGGGGGGGGGGGGGGGGGGGGGGGGGGGGGGGGGGGGGGGGGGGGGGGGGGUGGGGGGGGGGGGGGGGGGGGGGGGGGGGGGGGGGGGGGGGGGGGGGGGGGGGGGGGGUGGGGGGGGGGGGGGGGGGGGGGGGGGGGGGGGGUGGGGGGGGGGGGGGGGGGGGGGGGGGGGGGGGGGGGGGGGGGGGGGGGGGGGGGGGGGGGGGGGGGGGGGGGGGGGGGGGGGGGGUGGGGGGGGGGGGUGGGGAGGGGUGGGGGGGGGGGUGGUGGGGGGGGGGGGGGGGUGGGGGGGGGGGGUGGGGGGGGGGGGGGGGGGGGUGUGGGGGGGGGGGGGGGGAGGGUGGGGGGGGGGGUGGGGGGGUGGGGGGGGGGGGGUGGGGGGGGGGGGGGGGGUGGGGGGGGGGGGGUGGGGGGGGGGGGGGGGGGGGGGGGGGGGGGGUGGGUGGGUGGGGGGGGGGGGGGGGGGUGGGGGGGGGGGGGGAGGUAUGAUUAAUGGGUUAUUAUUGGCCGCUCCCUCUUCUCCUCCCCUCCUCCCCCUCUCCUCCCCUCCCUUUCCUCCCCCUCCUCCUCCCUCCCUUCUCCUCCUCCUUCCUCCCUCUCCCCUCUCCCCUCCCCCCUCUCCCUCUCCCUCCCCUCCCCUCCUCCCUCCUCUUCCUCCCCCCCCCUCCUCCCCCCUCUCCCUCCCUCCUCUCCCUCCCUCUCUUCUCCCUCCUCCCCUCCCCCUCCUUCCCUCCUCCCUCCUCCCCCUCUCCCCUCCCCCUUCUUCUCCUCCUUCCCCCUUCUCUCCCUCCUCCCCCCUUCCUCCUCCUCCUCCCCCUCUCCUCUCUCCCUCCUUCCCCUCCCUUCCUCUCCCCUCCUCCUCCCUCUCCCCCUCCCUCUCCCUCCCCUCCUCCCCCUCUUCCUUCCCCUCUCCCUCCUUCCCCUCCCUCCUCCCUCCUCCUCCCUCCUUCUCCCCUCCUCCCUCCUUCCUCCUCCCUCCUCCCCUUCCCUCCUCACUCCUCCCUCCUCUCCUCCUCCCCUCUCCUCCUUCCCUCCCCUUCCUCCCCUCCACCUCUUCCUCCCCUCUCCUUUCCUCCCCUCCUCUUUCUCCUCCCCCUUCCUCCUCCCCUCCCCCUCUCUCCCCUCCUCUCCUCUCCUCUCCCCUUCUCCUCUUCCCUCCCCUUCUCCCCCUCCCCCUUCUCCUCUCCCCUUCCUCCUUCUCUCCCCCUUCUCCUCCCCUCUCCUCUCCCUUUCUCCUCCCCCCCCUCCCCUCUUCCUCCCCCCCUUCUCCCCUUCCCUCCUCCCCCUCCUCCCCCUCCCUUCUCCCUCCUCUCCCUCUCUUCCUCUCCCCCUUCCCUCCCCCCUUCCUCCUCCCUCCCCCUCCUUCUUCCUCCCUCCCCUCCUUCCUCCCUCCCUCCCCCUCCCUUCCCCCUCCUCCUUUUCCUUCCCCUCCUCCCCCUCCUCUCCUCCCUCCUCCCUCCUUCCCUCCUCACCGCCUCCCUCCUCCUCUCCUCCCUCCUCCCUCCUUCCCUCCUCCCUCCCUCCUCCCUCCUUCCCUCCCUCCUCCUCUCCUCUCCCCCUCCCCCCCUCCCUCUCCCCUCUCCCUCUUCUCCUCCCCCUCCCCUCCUUCCUCCCCCUUCCUCCUCCCCCCUUCCCCCUCUCUCCUCCUUCCUCCCCUCCCUCCCCCCCUCUCUCCUCUUCCUCCUUUCUCCCUCCCCCUCCUCCCUCCCCUUCUCCCUCUCCCUCCUUUCCCUUCCCCUCCCUCCCUCCUCCUCUCGUCCCUUCUCCCUCCUUCCCUCCCCCCCUCCUCCCCCCUCCCUCCCCCUCCCUCUCCUCUCUUCUCCUCCUCUCCCCCUCCCUCCCUUCUCCCCCUCCCCUCCUCCCUCCUCCCUCCUCCCUCCCUCCUCCCCCCUCCCUCUCCCUCUCCCUUCCCCUCCCCUCCUCCUUCCCCCUUCCCCCCUUCCCCCUCCCCCUUCUCCUCCCCCCCCCCCCCCCCUCCCCCCUCCUCCUCCCCCUCGUCCUCCCCUCCCCCUCCUUCCCCCCCCUUCCCCCUCCCCCUCUCUCCUUCCCCCCCUCCCCCUCUCACUCCUUCCCUUCCCUCUCCUCCCCCCCCCCUCCUCCCCUCCUCCCCUCCCCCCUCCCCCCUUCCUCCCCCCUCCCUCCUCCUUCUCCCUCCCCUCCCCUCCCCCUCUCCCCCCUCCUUCCCCCCCCCUCUCUCCCUCUUCCUCCUCCCCUCCUCCCCCUCCCUCUCCUCCCCCCCUUCCCUCCUCCCUCCCCUUCUCCUCUCCCUCCUCUCCUCUCCCCUCUCCCCCCCCCCCCCUUCCUUCCUCCUUCCCCCUCCUUCUCCCUCCCCUCUCUCCCCUCAUCCCCCCCUCCCCUCCCCUCCUCUCUCCCCUCCCCCUCUUUCUCCUCCCUCCCCCCUCCCUUCUCCUCCUCCCCUCCCUCCCCCUCUCCCUCCUCCCUCCCUCCCUCCUCCCUCCCUCCCCCCUCCCCUUCUCCUCUCCCUCCCUCUUCUCCUUCUUCCCCCCUCCUCUCUCCCUCUCCCCCCCCUCCCCCUUCCUCCCCUCUCCCCCCCUCCUCUUCCCGCCCUCCCCUCUCCCCCCUUCCCUCCUCCUUCCCCUCUCCCCCUCCCCCCUCCUCCCCCUUCUCUUCCCCUCUUCCCCUCUCCUCCCUCCCCCUCCUCCCCCCUCCUCCCCUCCCUCCUCCUCCCCCCCCUUCCCUCCUUCCCUCUCCCCCUCCUCUCCUCCCUCCCCUUUCCCCUCCCUCCUCCCCCCCCCCUUUCUCCUCUCCCUCCUCCCCUCCUCCUUCCCUUCCCUCCCCCUCCCUCUCCUCUCUUCUCCCCUCUCUCCUCCCUCUUCUCCUCCCCUCUCCCUCUCCUCCCCCUCCCCCUCCCUCCCCCCCUUCUCCCUUCUCCCCCCCUCCCCCUCCCCUUCCCUCCUCCCCCCUUCCCUCCUCUCCCCCCUCUCCCCUCCCUCCCUUCUCCCUCCCCUCUCCCCCUUCCCUCCCUCUUCCUCCCUCCCUCUUCUCCCCUCCCCUCUCCCCCCCUCCUCUCCCCUCUUCUCCUCUCCCAUCAACUCCUCUCCCCUCUUCUCCUCUCCCAUCCUCCCCUCCCCCCUUCCUCUCCCUCCCUCUCCUCCCCUUCCUCCCCUCCCUCUCUCCCCCUCCCCCUCUUUCUCCCCUCCCUCCUCUCCCUCCUCCUCCCUCCUCCUCUUCCUCUCCUCUCCUCCCCCCUCCUCCCCUCCUCCCCCUCUCCUCCCCUCUCCCCCCGCCUCCUCUCCCCUCCUCUCUCUCCCUCCUCCUCUCUCCCCCUCCCUCCUCUCCCUCCCCCCCCCCCUUUCCUUCCCCCCCCUCCCCUCUCCUCCCCCUCCCUCUUCCUCCCCUUCCUCCCUCCUCUUCCCCUCCUCCCUUCUCCCCUCUCUCCCUCUCCCUCCUCUCUCCCUCUCCCCCUCCUCUCCCCCCCUCCCUCCCUCCUCCCCUCCCCUCCUCCCUCUCCCUCCUCCCCUCUCCCUCCCCUCUCCUCUCCCCCUCUCCUCCUCCCUCCUCGCCUCCCUCUCCUUUCCUCCCCUCCCUCCCUCCCUCCUCUACUCCUCCCCUCUUCUCCUCCCUCCUCAUCUCCUCCCUCCCCCUCCCCCUCUCCUCCUCUCUCCCCUCCUCCCUCUCUCCCCUCCUCCUCCCCCCUCCUCUCCCCUUCUCCCUCCCUCCCCUCUCCCUCCUCUCCUUCUCCUCCUCCCUUCCUCUCCCCCUCCUCCUCCUCCUCUCCCUCCUCUUCUCCUCCCUCCCCUCUCCCUCCCCUCUCCUUCUCCUCCCCUCUCCCUCCUCCCUCUUCCCCCUCCCUCUUCCUCCCUCUUCCCCUCUUCCUCCCUUCCCUCUUCCUCUUCCCUCCCUCUCCCUCCCUCUCUUCUUCCCUUCCCUCUUCCUCCCCCUCUCCUCUUCUCCCCUCUUCCUCCCUCCCCUCCUCCUCUCUUUCUCCUUCUCCCCUCCCCUCUUCUCCUCUCCUCUUCUCCCUCUCUCCCUCCUCUCCCUCCUCUUCUUCUCCCUCCCUCCCUCUCCCUCUCACCCCUCCCUCCCUUCUCCCCUCUCCUCCUCCUCUCCCUCCCUCCCUCCCCUCUUUCCUCUCCCUCCCCUCCCUUCUCUCCUCUCCCUCCCCCUCUCCCCCUUCCUCUCCUCCCCCUCUCCCCUUCUCCUCUCCCCUCCUUCUCUCCUCCCUUCCCUCCCUCCUCUUUCUCCCCCUUCCUCCUCUUCUCCCUCCCCCCUCCCCUCCUCCUCCUCUUCCUCCCUCUUCCCUUCUCCCUCCCCUCCUCCCUCUCCCUCUCUUUCCCUCUCCUCCUCCCUCUUCCCCUCCCCUCUCCUCCUCUCUCCCCUUCUCCUCCCUCCCCUCCUUUCCCCUCCCUUUCUCCUCCCUCCCUCCUCUUCUUCCCUCCCUCCUCUUCUCCCCUCCCCUCCCUCCCUCUUCCUCCCCCCCUCCCCUCCCUUCCCCUCUUCCUCUCCUCUCUCCCCUCUCCCCCUCCUCCCUCCUCCUCCCCUCUCUCUCCCCUCUUCCUCUUCCCCCUCCUCCUUCCUCCUCUCCCUUCCCUCCUCUCUCCUUCCCUCCUCCCCUCUUCCCUCCUCCCUCUUUCCCCCUCCUUCCUCUUCCUCUCUCUCCCUCCUCCUCUCCUCCCCUUCCUUCUCCCCUCCCUUCUCCUCCCUCCUCUCCCCUCUUCUCUCCUCUCUCCUCCCCCUUCCCUCUCCCUCUCUCCUUCUCCUCCCUCUCUCCUCCCUUCCUCCCCUCUCUCCUCCCCUCCUCCCCCUUCUCCUCUUCCCUCUCCCCUCCCCUUCCCUCUCCUUCUCUCCCUCCUCCCCUCCUCUCCUUUCUCCCCUCUCCCCCCUUCUUCCUCCUCCCUCCUCCUCUCCCCUCUCCCUCUCCUCCCCCUCCCCUUCCUCCUCCCCUCCCUCCCCCCUCCCUCCCUCUCUCUUCCCCUUCUCUUCCUCCCUCUCUCUCCCUCCUCCCCUCCUCUCCUCUUCCCUCCUCCCCCUCCUCCCUUCUCCCUCCCCUCUCUUCCCUCUUCUCUCCCCUCUCCCUCCCUCUUCCUUCCUCCUCCCCCUCCUCCCCUCCCUUCUCCCCCUCUCCUCCUCUCCCUUCAUUCCUCUCCCCUCUCCUCCUCUCCCUUCUUUCCCCUCCCCUCUCCUCCUCUCCCCCCUUCCUCUCUCCCCUCCCUCCUCCUUCUCCUCCUCCCCUCUCCUCCUUCUCCUCUCCCUCUUAUCCCUCUUCUCCCUCUCCCCUCCUCCUCCUCUCCUCUUCCUCCCCUCUCCCCUCCCCCUCUCUCCCCUCUCCUCCUCUCCUCCUCCCCCCCCCUCUCUCCUCUCCCUCUCUGUCCUCUCCCCCUCUCUCCUCUCCCUCUCUCUCCUCUCCCCCUCUCUCCUCUCCCCCUCCUCCCUCUUCCCUCCCCUCCCUCCUCCUCCCUUCCUCCCCUCUCCUCUCUCUCCCUUCCCUCCCCCCUCCCUCUCCUCCUCCUCCCCCUCUCCUUCCUCUCCCCCCUCUUCCUCCCUCCCCCCUCUCCUCUCCCUUCCCCCCUCUUCCUCCUCCUCUUCCCUCUCCUCCCUUCCUCUCCCUCCUCUCCCCUCCUCCCCUCCCCUCUCUUCCCCUCCUCCCCAUCUCUCCUCUCCUCCUCCCUCUUCUCUCCCUCCCCCUCUCCUCUCCUCUUCCUCCCUCCCAUCCCUCCUCCCUCCUUCCUCCUCCCUUCCUCUCUCUCCUCCUCUUCCCCCCUCCCUCUCCCCUCCUCCUUCUCCUCUCCCCUCCUUCCCCCUCCUCUCUCUCCUCUUCCUCCCCCCUUCCCUCUCCUCCUCUCUUCCCCCUCCCCUCUCCCCCUCUCCCUCCCCUCUCCCUCUCUUCCCCUCUCUCCUCCUCCCUCCCUCUUCCUCUCUUCCCCUCCCUCCUCCCUUCCUCCCUCCUCUCUCCUCUCUCCCCUCCCUCUCCUCCCUCCUCUCCCCUCCCUUCCUCUCCUCCCUCCUCCUCCUCUCUCUUCCCCUCCCUCCUUCUCCCCUUCCCUCUCUCCCCCUCCUCCUCCCUCCUUCUCCCUCUCCCUUCCUUCCUCUCCCCUCUUCCUUUCUCCCCUCCCCUUCCCCCCUCUUCCCCUCCCUCCUCCCCUCUCUUCCUCCCCCUCCCCUCUUCUCCCCCUCCUCUCCCCCCCUCCCCUCCUCUCCUCCUUUUCCUCCUUCCCUCCCCUUCCCCCCCUCUCCUCCUCCCUCUUCCCCUCCCUCUCUCCCUCCCCUCCCUCUCCCUCCUCUCCCCCUCCCUCCUCCCCUCCUUCCUCUUCCUCCCCCUUCCCCCUCUCCCCUCCUCUCUCCUUCCCCUCCUCUCCUCUCCCCGUGCGUCCUCUCCCCUCCUCUCCUCUCCCCUUCCUCUCCUCUUCCUCCUCCUCCCCUCCCCCUCCUCUCUCCUCCUCCCUCCUCCCCCUCCUCUUCCCUCUCCCUCUUCCUCCCCCUUCUCUCCCUCCCUCUCCCCUCUCCCUCCCUUCUCUCUUCCUCUCCUCUCCCUCCCUUUCUCCCUCCUCUCCUCUUCCCUCCUCUCUCCCCUCCUCCUUCUCUCUCCCUCCCCUUCUCCCUCUCCUCCCCUUCCCUCUCUUCCCCUCCUCUCCCCUCUCUCCCUUCUCCUCCCCUUCUCCUCCUCUCCCUCCUCCCCCCUCUCUUCCUCUCCUCUCCCCUCUCCCCUCUCCCUCCUUUCUCCUUCUCCCCCUCCCCUCUCCUCCCUCCUCCUUCCCCUUCCUCCCUCUCCCUCCUUCCCUCUCUCCUCUCCCCUCUCCUCCUCUCCCACACCUUCCUCUCCCCUCUCCUCCUCUCCCACACCUUCCUCUCCCCUCUCCUCCUCUCCCACACCUUCCUCUCCCCUCUCCUCCUCUCCCCUCUCCUCUCCCCUCUCCUCCUCUCCCGCCACUCCUCUCCCCUCUCCCUCUCUCCCUCCCUCUUCCCUCUCCUCUCCUCUCCCUCCUUCUCCCUUCCCUCCUUCUCCCUUCCCUGCCUCUCCCUUCCCUCCUUCUCCCUUCCCUGCCUCUCCCCCCUCCUCCUCCCUUCCCCUUCUCCUCCCUCCUCUCCCUCCCCUCCCCUCUCCUCCCUCCUCCUCUCCUCUCCUCUUCCUCUCUCCCCCGCUCCUUUUCGGGGGCCUUUUCCUCCUCCCUUUCCUCCCUCCUUUCCUCCUUUUUCCCUCCCUCCUUUCCCCUCUCCACAGCCCCCUCCCUCAUCCUUCCUUCCCCUCCUCCUCCUGUGGCGGUGAUCGACACUCCUGUCGUUCCUCUCUGCCCUCUCAAGAUGGAUUUGAAGGGAGAUGGAAUGAGGGGGGGGGGGAGGGGGGGGGAGGGGGGGGGGGGGGGGGGGGGGGGGGGGGGAGGGGGGGGGAGGGGGGGGGGGGAGGGAGGGGGAGGGGGGGGGAGGGGGGAGGGGGGAGGGGGGGGGGGGGGGGGAGGGGGAGGGGGGGAUGA